AUGAGUGAGGGCCAAGAUGCUGGCUAUGAGUUUGACAUCUGCUUCACCUCAGUGCAGAAGAGAGCAAUUCGGACCCUUUGGACAGUACUGGAUGCCAUUGACCAAAUGUGGCUGCCAGUGGUGAGGACUUGGCGCCUCAAUGAGCGGCACUAUGGGGGUCUGACCGGCCUUAAUAAAGCAGAAACUGCUGCCAAGCAUGGCGAGGCGCAGGUAAAGAUCUGGAGACGCUCCUAUGAUAUCCCACCGCCUCCGAUGGAGCCCAACCAUCCCUUCUACAGCAACAUCAGUAAGGAUCGCAGGUAUGCAGAUCUCACUGAAGAUCAGCUACCCUCCUGUGAGAGUCUGAAGGACACAAUUGCCAGAGCGCUGCCCUUUUGGAACGAAGAAAUAGUUCCCCAGAUCAAGGAGGGGAAACGGGUAUUGAUCGCAGCCCAUGGCAACAGCCUUCGGGGCAUUGUCAAGCAUCUGGAGGGUAUGUACAUUUUUCAGAGGGGCCCUCAAGGAGGGAUAAAGAAGAACAGCCACUGACCAGGGACGUCAUUACUUAUUGACAGCCUUAGAGGCAGUCUAGAUGGAUUCCUAGUAGAAACACACCCUCUACUUUUGUUUCUCAAAAGUGUUUUCUGCAGAAGCAGAGGCAGCCAGACUCCCGGGUGCUUGUCAUAUAUGCAGAAGCUCUCAGGUCCCACUUCAGACCUGACCUAGAAGGUGCAUCCCUCACCCAUGUGAUUCUGAUACACAUUAGUUUGAGAUGCCCACUUCCAGACCAGGAUUGCCAGUUGAAACUGCUGAUAAAAUCCUCCUUAAUCACAACCUGGGAUGACUUCACACAGAAAUCUCAAUUUGCAUCUUAAAUUGUUUCACCUGAGGGGCUAGACGCUCCAAUGCGCUGAUUUUUGUCAGGCUGGAUGGAGUACACAGGACAUUUGAGAUGUACAAGUCCUGUUUCACUGUGGGCUUCUGGAUCCCACGUUGGGAGAGAUACGAGGUGUGACCAAAAAGAUACGG